AUGUUCAAAUCGACCUUGCUCCUUGCGUUCGCCUUGAAUGUUUUUCAAAGCAAUGCUUUCCAAAUCACUUAUCCAAAUGAAGGCGACCUUGUGAACGUUUACAAUGGCCUUAUUACGACUUGGUCUUACAACUCUUCCGAUUCGAUAUCACACCCUCUCAUGAUUCAAUUUGUCCCAGUCUCUCACAUGGAGGAAGCUCCAAGUUACGUCCAGAAGGAUCUCAAUAUCACUCUGGGUUCAUGGACGAUAGAAACCCAAUUUCCGGUGGCCGAUGAUUAUUACCUUCGGUUUAUCUACGCCAAUAAAGAUUGGUCUAGCGGGAGAUUUAAGAUUACCAUGUCUGAGAGUCCAAAAAAUGCCAGCGAUACGUCGAGUUCUGCUAGUUCUGACCGUCCAUCGACUUCGGACCGCAGUAGCAUGACCCUAUUGGUAACAGAGUCCACCAGUACAGGAACCGGAACUAGCUCACUAGUGCCAGUGACAACUCGCGCAUUGGGCCCCGUGCCAACUGUAACUGCAGCUACAACUCAGGUUUCAAGCAGCAGUGAGAACUCCGACAAAGGCCUCAGCACUGGCGCGAAAGCGGGGAUUGGAAUAGGUUGUGCUGCCGCCGCGAUUAUCGGGAUAGUGGGCUUGUGGCUCCUUUAUCGAAUCAAGAAAAAGAGAAAUAUUUCUCCGGACCCCCAAAUUUUACCAGAUCCUGGUUCGACGAAGCUGGGUGAAAGCAGUACCUCUGGAGGAAUAUUUGAAGCGGAUGGAAAACACGAGGCGGCCAAUAUGGCUGAGCUUCCGUCGGAUACCUAUACACGAGGUGAACUGCCGGGGUGA